CCCAUAGCCAUUUUUGGAAUUGGGUAAACUUGAAUGGAAACAACUUUUCACAGAAAACGCCCGUUCAGUUUCCCAACCCAGAAUAAUCGAUCUUGUUCUGGCCUUUGGUUAACGGAAUUCUUCUGUUUGUUAAAGAUACAGUCAACUUUUUUAUUAGCACUGCUUUAACACAUUACCAGGAGCAUGAUAGUAUUGAAAUCGAAAAACCCUUCCUAAAUUUCCCGCGAGUUUGCCUUCAUCUCUUCCUCUCCCUCUCCUCAUUCGCAGCCUAGAGAAUUCGCCCCUACUCCCUCCCAUUUCUUCGUCUUCACUCUUCAAUUCUUGAGUGAUUCUCUGUGACUUCUUCAGAGAUUCUUCAAUCUUCCAUGCGAGUCUGCAAAAGGGUUAAAACUUAUAAGAAAUUCUUCUUCAACUCCACUUCAACCCUAGCCUCUAUCUCACUUAUUCCUUCUUGUCUUCAUUAUUUCCUGCGGUAGGAGGAUAUCAGUCCAUUGCGGGUGUGAAGGAAUGCAUAAUGCCUCGAUACAGAGAUGAGCCUUCUGCAAUCCGGGUCUACACGGUUUGCGAUGAAUCCAAGUUUUUGAUUGUGAGAAAUGUUCCUGCCCUGGGGUGUGGUGAUGAUCUUGCAAAAUUGUUUUCUUCUUAUGGGAAACUUGAAGAAUGUAAACCCAUGGAUGCUGAAGACUGUGAACCAUUUACUGAUGUUUACUGGGUCAAGUUUCAAAGGAUAGACAAUGCCAGGUAUGCUAAAAGGAAAUUGGAUGAGUUUGUAUUCCUAGGGAACAGGAUUCAGGUCUCAUAUGCACCUCAAUAUGAGAGCCUCUCUGAUACAAAGGAGAAAUUGGAAGUCAGGAGAAGGGAAGUUCUAACACGACCUAAGUCUCAAAGGUGCAUAAGUCCUGCAAUCCGCAGGCUAGAUGGUGUGAGCACAUCGAUAAUAUCUUCAACUUCCUCACAUAUACACUGCACCUCUAAAACAUUGGGUAUUAAUCAAAGUCAGUUCAUGAAGUCACAAGAGACCAACUAUAACAGAGAUGCUUCUAUGAGUAUUUGUGCAGUAUCUACUGAAAAGGAAUAUUUUCCAUCACAAUCUAUGAACCAAACCGUUCAAUUCGUUAGGGAUAAACUAAGCAAGAUAAAAUCCAGUGCAGAAGAAUCAGAAGCUGGAACAUCCAAGAAAGCUCGAGUAGACAACAGAAGGAGAAUUUGACAGUUAUGGGCAAGUUAAGAGAAUAUUUUCUUGCUUUCCACAAGGUUUCUUUUGCCUACUGAUACCCAGGAUUUGCUUUGCCUGCUAAGUUUACAUUCAAGGUGCUAUUAGUGCUCCAAGUUAUUGGCAAUUUGGAAUUAGUGCUCAAGAUUCCUUUUGCUUUAGUCAUGCCUUUGUGAUUUAUGUGAUGUGCACGUAAGUUACAAAUUGCACAAGGCUUUGUUUUCAAUCCCGAUAUGAUCAGUUCAUUAUUUCACUUGUUGAACGGGAAUUUCACCAUUGUUCAUGUGGUAAUCAAUUUUUUAUAAACUCUAUUUAGAUCCUA